AGUUUGGCCCUGCGUGGUCUUGUUUCGUCGAAGUGGUCACGACGGGAUCGAUUCGUGACAACAAAAUGAUAGAAAAGCAGACCCGACAGGGCCUGUGCUUCACAACUACCAGUCAUGGCGGGAAGUAUGUGGUUGGCACCGCUCACCUCGGCGGCGGCGUGGCAGUCCUCGACGCACUGCACGGCGGCCUCCCUCUUCGCCACCCUCGUCCUCUCCCUCGCCAACAAGACCCUCAAGACGGCACAAGAAAAGGCCAGGAAGACGCCCAACAUCGCCAAGGGCGAGUACGACUUCAUCGUGGUGGGUGCCGGCAGCGCGGGAUGCGUCGUCGCGAACCGCCUGAGUGAGGAGAAGGGCUGGAAGGUGCUGCUACUGGAGGCGGGCGCGGAGGAGACCGACAUCAACAUGGUGCCGUCCAUGUACAACCGGUACAUGGAGGACGACUUCUUCUACUGGCGGUACAACCUCCAGAAGAGUGGCUGGAACCCCGGUUCCGUCGCGAGUCGCGGCAAAGGCAUGGGCGGCUCCAGCGCCGUGAACGCGCUGCACUUCACCCGAGGCAACAGGGAGGACUUCGACAACAUCAAGGCGAUGGGGAACCCGGGCUGGGGCUACGAGGACGUGCUCAAGUACUUCAAGAAGUCCGAGAACAACCACAACUUCCCCAAGGACACCAAAUACCACGGCACGGGCGGCCCCCAGGACGUGACCCUGGACACGUACCGCGAGCCCAACACCGAGCUGCUGCUCAAGGCCUACCAGGAGAUCGGCAUGGCCAGGGUGGAGGACGUCAACGGCGCCAGCCAGCUCGGCACGUCCACCGUCGGCGCCGUGUCCUGGGCGCCCUCGGCCAUGCUCAACGGGGAGCGCCGCAGCUCCAACCGCGCCUACCUGGGCCCGGCGGUGCGCAAGCGGCCCAACCUGACGGUGCAGACGCGCGCCUUCGUGCGCCGCGUCGUCGUGUCCGGCGGCCGCGCCGUGGGCGUCGAGUUCGACGGGCCGGCCGGCAGGAAGACGGUCACCGCCAAGAAGGAGGUCAUCCUGUCCUGCGGCGCCUACAACUCGCCCCAGGUGUUGAUGCUGUCCGGCAUCGGCCCCAAGAAGCACCUCCAGGAGGUGGGCAUCAAGACCGUGUUGGACCUGCCCGGCGUGGGCCAGCGCCUGCACGACCACAUAUUCGCCAAGGGCAAUGUCAAGUUCAUGCUCAGCAAGACUGCCUCCACCGGCACCGUGCAGCAAUACAUCAAGACCAUCACGGAGUACGUGCAGAAAAGGACCGGGCCGCUCAGCGGCUCCGCCAACCCGGCGAACCUCUUCUACCGGUCGGCCUACCAGGCCAAGGGCUCCAAGCGUCCGGACAUUCAGAUCCCCGUCGGAGGCAGCCAGUACAUCCGCAAGCUGGGUGCCGGGUGCCAGGCCGCCGACGCGGCAGGCGUCUUCUACAACCAGCUCGGCUUCAACGCCAUCAACCUGCACCCCAAGAGCCGUGGGCAGAUUCUGCUCAACAAGACUGACCUCUACGGCUCACCGCUCGUCUACACCAACGUCUUCGGGGACGAGUCGGACCUGAAGCCCAUCAUCGAGGCCUACAAGAUGGUGGUCAGGCUCAACUCCACCGGCACCUUCCGCAACAACGGCAUCACCCUCAGCAUCGGCAGCCCCAAGGCGUGCGCCAAGCUGCGCUUCAACAGCGACGCCUACUGGAAGUGCACGUUCCAGGGCCAGGGCGCGGCCAACCAGCACCCCACCUCCUCCUGCAGCAUGGGCCCGGACAGCGACAAGCUGGCCGUGGUGGACGCCAAGCUCAAGGUGCGGGGCAUCAAGGGACUGCGCGUGAUCGACGCGUCCGUGCUGCCCGAGACCACGAGCGGCAACACCAACGCCGUGUGCGUCAUGGUCGGCGAGAAGGGCGCGGACCUCGUCAAGGCGGACUGGAAGAAGUGAUUCCCUCGAGCUGGGACGAGUUACGGAUGCCUGCCGGCAUCGGCUUUUAUGUUAAACCGGUUCUAUUGUGAAAACACACGGCUUGUCAAUAAAACAGUUUUCCCCUAAA